UAGCAGAGAGCAGGACAGGGGGACAGAUGCAAGACUCUGAGCAUCUGAGUCAGAUGAAAUGGUUGAUAGGAAGUAAUAAGGCUCAGACUAGUGACUGUUAAAAGGCUUGCUGCACCAAUGAGGAGGGGGUGAAGAGGAACGAGUGGAAAAAGCCUCAACAUGUGUUUCUGUCACGUUCUGGACCUGUUAGACCAGGCCUGGUGACGGAGACGUCGAGCCAGACAGGACUGUUCGUCUUGUAAGUCACGACUCCUGUGGCGGAGGGAAGAUGCGUCGUGUAUAUGGACGUUCCAGCGACCUGCGAGUGAAAAAAGCGGCGGCUUGGGAAUUAUCAUAAGAGUCCUCUAGAGACAACUCUCAUCAAGGCAUAUAUGUCGAGUCUUGAAGUUUUUAAAAGUGCUCAGAGAACCAACUGAGGAGAAGGAGACUUGAAGGUGAAGAUUCCUGUUGGAUUUGUUGGCAUUGAUAGAACUGAAAUAUACAUCAGCCAUCUUGUUGGGCCUUUGCUAUCGUGGGACGAUCUGAAGAUACUAAAUUGCCUCAUCUUUCUGAGUCAGCAUAUUAUUUUUCUUCUUCCUAACCUUGGUUAUAUUCUUGCCUGUUUGUCUUGAGCUUCUUGUUUUGUUUUUUCGAGACAUUAUGAAAGAAACGUUCAGCAAUCUAGGAGAGUGUUGAAAGCUCCCAGGAACCCUCGUUGAGCCUUCCGGUUACGUUGGGGAAUGAGGUAACAGAGAUGGUGGUCACUCAGUUAGAGCUGGAGCUCUGUUAUCAGGGGACGAAGCUCAGAGGUUUCACCUGCAAGCUCACCCGUUCGGCUCAUGGCUUUCUGCCGGAGAGCUCGUACAUCAUCGCUGCGCAGGUCUUCCUGCCGUAUCUGCUGGGCGGACUGGGGAUGGUGGCGGCUGGUAUCGUCAUGGACAUUAUCCAACAUUGGGAUGUGUUUAAGGUGAUCACAGAGGUGUUCAUCCUGGUACCUGCUCUGGUCGGACUCAAGGGAAACCUGGAGAUGACUCUAGCAUCUCGUCUCUCUACUGCUGCUAACACUGGACAGAUGGAUGACCCCAAACAGCAGUGGGUGAUGGUGACCUGUAAUCUUGCUCUUAUUCAGAUUCAGGCCACUGUGGUGGGCUUCCUGGCAGCUCUGGCGGCCGUAGGGCUUGGCGCUCUGUCCAGAGGGGGGGUUGAGCUGGACCAGGCAGCUGUCCUGUGUGCUAGCAGUGUUACCACUGCAUUCAUGGCCGCGCUGUCCUUAGGUCUGGUGAUGAUUGGUGUGGUCAUUGGCUCAAGAAAGGUGGGCAUCAACCCUGAUAAUGUGGCCACCCCGAUAGCAGCCAGUCUGGGAGAUCUCAUCACUCUUUCUCUAUUGGCUGGAGUCAGCACCACAUUGUUCCAGUACAGAGAUGUGUGGUAUUUGUCCCCGUUGGUCUGUGUCUUCUUCCUGCUGCUCAUUCCUCUCUGGGUGCUCAUCGCUAGACGGAGUCCUCAGAUUAAAGAGGUUCUGAAGUCCGGCUGGCAGCCUGUUAUAGUAGCCAUGUCCAUCAGCAGUUUCGGAGGCCUUAUUCUUGAUAAGACUGUGAGCGAUCCUAACUUUGAGGGCAUGGCGGUCUUCACACCAGUCAUAAACGGGGUUGGGGGGAAUCUGGUGGCCAUCCAGGCCAGUCGGAUCUCCACCUACCUUCAUUUCUUGAGCGUACCUGGAGUCCUGCCCUAUAAGAUGAGACAGCACUGGCCCAACCCCUGUGUCACAUUCUUCUCCUCAGGAGUGAACUCAAAGUCAGCGCGGGUGCUGUUCCUCCUGGUGGUUCCAGGUCAUCUCUUGUUUCUUUUCGCCAUCAAUAUGCUUCAAGGAGGUCACACUGCCAUCACACCAGCAUUCACCUGCUGCUACCUGAGUGCUGCUCUGCUUCAGGUCGGGAUCCUCAUUUAUACGGCAGACUUGAUUGUGCGUUUGAUGUGGAGGAAAGGUCUGGACCCCGAUAACUUCUCCAUCCCAUACCUCACAGCUCUUGGAGACCUGUUGGGCACGGGUUUCCUGGCCCUGUGUUUCCGUCUGGUCAUGUUAGUGGAGGGAAACGGCUUAUAAAAUGUUAGACCUCCUGCUUCUCCAGUUACAGCUCUCUGUUCACGGGACCUUUGCCACCCAGGCUGGCUGCAGUGGCUUCAAACUUUUCUGUGCGAAGCUAAAGACAGAAUUUGAACCAUUUUGCAGGGUAGGUUGACUGGAAAUAUGAAGUACACUUUUGAUCAUUGGCAGGUAUGGACUACUGCCUAAUGGUCUGUAACAUGAUUAUAUUCUAGGUGUGUUGUCCUGUCGCUUCAAUGAUGCUGCUCUCUCAUACACACUAGUCACCUGAUUACUGUAUAUCAAGGUCUAACUUUAGGAGCGUGUCACAAACCUUUAUGUGCCAUGUAUAAAUUGAAUUUGAAGUUUACAAAAUAUCAAACCCUGAAGGACUCUAGGAGGUUUCUUUUGUCUGGAGAAUAUUGUUUCAGGAUUGAUUUGAAAGAUAAUAGUAAAGUAUCAAAACUUUUGAAGGUCAUUCCUUUGCUGUUUUAGUAACUAUAUACAAGAUCAUAAUUGCUGCUAGAUAUUUAUACUGGAUACAAUAACUCAUAUACCCUACAGAGAGCCCAAUGUACCUCUUUUUGCACCUAAAAUAAUUAUUUCUCUCAAAAUACCACACUUUGGGAAAAGGCAAAAUAACUAUCUUAUGUAAUGAAUGUAAUUGGUUGUUCACUUGAAUAAAUUGAUGAAAAGGA